AUGACGGUACACCUAGACCGCGUAUCGAGGCUGUACACACAGCCGACGUAUAACCCGGGGCGUCAAGUCGGGCCCAUAAAGUUGCAGCCGUUACCAGGCCGCGGUCGGGGCCUGGUGGCGGAUCGCGACAUCCCCGCGGCCGAGGCUGUGUUGCUGAGUGAGGCGGUUGGGGGGGUGCUACGAGGGCCCCCGGGGGCCGAGCUGCGGCCCCGCCAGCUCGCCGAGCACCUGGAGCGGCUGCAGAGGGCCGGCAGUGGCAGUGGCAGUGGGGGCGGCGGGGACGGGGACGGGGUUGGACUGGGGCCGCCGGACAGGGUGCGCUUGCGGCUGUUGUACGACGGCUCCCCACCUGAUUCCCCUCGGUCUCUCCGGAACCGCGGCGCCUCCCUGGAGGCCGAUUUCCUCAAGUUGGAGGACAAGCUGAGGCGGGCGGCGGAGGCGCCGAAGAAGGCCAAAGGAAAGGGUUUCGGAGCGCCAGCGGCGGCGGGGGCGGCGGCGGCCGCGGGAGCUGUAGGCCAGACCGACUACAAAGGCAGCGUCGAUGCAGCCUCUCUGUCUGGUGCCCCCCUGCAGCCAGAUGAACUCCUCCGUACGGCAUUGUACAACAGCUGGGGUCAUACGGCGGGGGAGCUGGGCGCCACCGCGUUGAGGGGGGAGGUCUCGGGGGCCAUCAUAGGUGAGUCCAAAAGGUGGUUCGAGCUUCUUUGGUAUUUCGCGUUGGUGUCGGCAGUUCAGGACAUUUCCCGCGGUGCUGAGGUGACGACCAGCUACCUGGGGGAGCUGGCACUGGCGCCCCUGGAGCGCCGGAGGGAGUGGUUGAGGGGCGCGUACGGCUUCGAGUGCGAAUGCGACCGAUGCACGGCGGAGGCCUCCAUUCCCCCGCCUGUGACGGCGGCAGUAGCGGCAGCCUACCAGUCGGCACAAGCUCUGAAGACCAAGACCGAGGGGGAGGCAGCUGCGGCCGGCGGCGGCGGUUGGGAUCUGGAGGCGUCAUCUGUACGGCAGUUGGGACCAGCUGUGACGGCGGCGGUGGAGCAGCUGGAGGCCGCCAUGGACUCGGCGGGGUUGCCCGCCCGGACACGGUCCUGGCUCCGCGCGUCCGCCUACACAGCCUACUACGCCAGGGCGGCUUUGAGGGAUGUUCCCGGGGGGAGUGAAGUCGGUACGGGAGGAGGAGGGGGAGGUGGUGGUGAUGAGGGUUGUGGGAGUGUGUUGUUUGGUCGCGGCGGUGAUGCGUCGCGGUCGCCGGUGCCCUACAGCGACCCGGCUAUUCCUGCUGAGCUGGCGGAGGUGAUCUCGAGCGUUGCCUCAGGUACGGACCUUCACCUGUACCUGACGCUGGAGGCGCUGUCCCGCAGUGCGGAGUCCUUCCCCCGAGAUGACCCACGGGUCGCUGAGGCCACCCGGAUCUGCCUGCGUGCCCACAUCCUGAGAUACGGCCGUACCUCAGAUACCGUACUGCGGGAACUGCUACAGGCCCGGAGCACCUACCCCCACUACCUGGGCCGUGUCGACUGCAGUGCCUCCGCACCCUCGGGGCCCGCAGCGCAACAUCAAGAACAACAGCAACAGGACGGGGAGCGCCAACAGCCCCUCUUCGCGAACAAUCCUGUCUUCUAUGCUGGCGUGAUGGUACGGGGCCAUAAAGGGGACUUGGUGCGUCUGUUUGAAUUGCCACCGACGGAGGGACGAAUGUACAUCUUUGAUCACUACGUCUGCUUCUACUCGGCCGUUUUUGGCUUCGCCAAAAAGCGCCGGAUGCCAACGCGGACAAUUAAGGCUGUGCGGAAAAGGAAGCACCUGGGUUUUCCCAACUCCCUCGAGAUUGAGACGGACGAUUACAAGGAGUUCUUCACCUCGUUUCUCUCCAGGGAGGAGGCCUACCAGCUGAUCAAUAAGCAGCUGCAGGAGGCCAAGCGGUCAGGUUUGGAGAGCGGCUCGUCCCGGGUGCGCCGAUCCACUGACAACGGCUCCUUCUUCAAUGGGGCAGGUAACGGCACCAUCCACGAGCAGUCCAGUCCGCAGUCCGCCUCCAGGGGUGGCACCCUGGACGGUGGGGGUGGCCGGAGAGGGGGAGGGGGUCCUCAUGGCGGGUGUGGCAGUGGCGGGGGAGCUGCUCGCGGCGGCCUCAACGGCGAGCGGUCCCUGCUGACCCGCCACUCGGGCUCCCUAGGGGAUGACGACAACGACGAUGAGGAGGACAGCGGAAGCGUGUGGGUUAUGGAGCCACGUCCCGCCCCGGCCGUAGCCGCCGGAUCCCGUCAUGUACUGCAUACGACACUGCCGGGAAGUCCCCGGGAGUUCUUCGAUGUCGUACUGGCGGACAGUGCGCCGUUCUUUGAGGACUUCCUGGAUAGCCAGGGCAAUCGGCGCAUCAACCUGACCUCCUGGAAGCGCCACCCUCAGCUGGGGUACGUGAGGGACAUGAACUUCACCGCCCCCAUCAAGGGCGCGUUCGGCAACUGGGGGGUGAGCCACACCGCCUGCUUUCAGUCCCAGAGGUUCUGUCUGUACGAGGACGAGCACAUCGUGUUCGAGAGCAGUCAGACGAUGACGGACAUUCCGUACGGCGACUGCUUCACCGUGGACCAGCGGUGGGACAUCCGCCGGGAGGUGUUCGUGUCAGAGGGAGGGGGGGCGGACACGGGGGACAGAGCCACGAUAUCGUUCGACCUGCAUGUGCGUGUGCCCUUCACCAGCCGUUGCCUGUUCAAAUCGGUCAUUGAAAGCGGGUCAGUCAAACAGGUGCAGGACACGUACGCGCAGUUCGUAGAGCAGCUCAGACCCUUCCUGGAGGAGCGGCUGCUGUCCCGGAACACGCUCAACAUGACUAUGGUGCACCAGCAAGACAACUUGCCGCCGCCGCAGCUCUCCCAGACCCCCCGUCUCAACCGCGGCGGCGGCGGUAUGGGCUCCCUAGCGGCCAGGUCCACGCAGAUGACGCGCUCGGUGCAGCUGCAGCGAACCGCCUCCCACCUGACCUCUCGCACGCCGGGGCGGCACGUGACUGGCUCCGCGGCAUUUGAGAGCGCCGAUUUCGGUGAGGGGGGUGUCGGCGGGGGUACUGCAGCUCAGCAGCUACGUCAGAGCUUUCACCUCGGCGGCGGCGACAGCCGUGGCGGCGGCAACAUCAAUGGCGAACACAGCGUCGCGCGGCUGUUGCGCAGCUUGGGCAGGCGCCUCGCGGAGGGCGCGCGCGGCGUAUUCGAAUCCGGCGUCGAUGUCGUACUCAACCUGUCGCAAUGCCGUACAACGCCGCAGAUGCGCUUCCUGAUCGCCCUCGUCUUGGCCAUGUUUUUGGCAAAUGCGGUGUGCAUGCUGGGAUACCUUUGGCACGGUUGGUCAUCUUCCUCCGCUGCUUCCGUCGCUGGCGGCGGCGGCAGCGGUGGUGGCGGCGGCGCCGUAGCGCUGGACGGCAUCUUCUUCGGGCCGCUGCUACCCGACGGGGGCGCCGCUGCCGUCAUGUCCGACCUGUCGGCAGCACUGGGCGCCGCCGCCGGCACGGGUGGCAGCGGCGGCGGUGCUGGCGGCGGCGGCGGCGGCGGGGUGUCGUAUUGGGUUCAGCGGAUGGCGCUGUUGCAGCAGGAGAUUCAGUUGCUCCAGGGGCGGAUGGAGAUCCUGUCCAGGGAGGUCAGUGUGGUGAUGGUGCAACUGACGAAGGCGGCUGGGUCAGCGGCGGCGGCGGCGGCGACGGGGGGCGCCGACCCUGCGGCGGCGGCGGCGGCAACGGUAGCUGGCGGCGCUUUUUCCGCGGCUGCAGGGGAGUCCUGA